AUGGAGUGGGCUCCAAAGCUGUUGCUUUUCUGCGCUCUCUGCCUCUCCUUGGCCCUGGAGGCUGCCCCUGAAUCGAAAGAGCAAAGCCGAGGAACAAAAGGAAGAAGGAGAGGCUCAGCCAAAGUCAGGGAACAACAUCUGCGGGCACAGGAAUCCUCGCCUGACCCUGUGCUGAGGGUAAAUCUGGGGGCCCUCACCGAGUACACCUUCGUGGAGGAUUAUGAGCGGAGCAUUCAGGAGAUGGUUAACCAGCUGCGAAAUAGCUCUGAGCUGCUGGACAGUAAAUGCCAGGUCAAUCUGAGACUCUGGAUGUCGAACAAGAGGAGUUUGUCUCCAUGGGCCUAUAGGUGA